CCUCUCUGCCUGCUAAACUACCCCACGGACUCACUAAUGCCAGAUGGUGAAAUAAGUAACACAAUACUUUAGAGAAAACUUCAUGAGCUGUCAGAGGCGCAGAUGUUUUUCUGCAGCAUGAGAGCUGAGUCCCCUCUAUUAUAGGAAUUCAUCAGCCACAAUGUUGGACCUCAGUUAUCUAAGUGAGGAGGAGCACGGUUAUAUAAUGGGUGUUCUGAUCAGAAAUGUAUCACUGAAGGAGAAGGAUACCAACAGAAUAAGAUGUUUGUUCAGACAGCUGCCUGCUGAUUUUGGUGAUGAAAGGACACAGAGACUGGUGACAGGGAGCUGGUUUGAAGAAGCCAAGGCCAUGCGUUAUCGUGAUGGGCUGAACGGGGCGGAGCUGGUGCUGGCGUCCCUGCAGAGAACCAGCAGGGCUUUUGAGUUGAAUGAAAGCAGCAGCUCUGUCAGAAGCACUGAUUCUUCACAGGAUCUUGACAGCUGGUCCACCGGAUCAGCAGACCGGCAACCCCAGAGUAUUGCUGAAGAGAAGGAGAAUUCAAGGAAUGCUGAGAUUCCUGUUCUGAGACCCCCACGUGUACCUCCUCCCCCGCCCCCUCCUCCUCCCUCAUUGGACCCUGACUCAGUAUGUACCUCCUCCUCCGCCUCCUCCUCCUCCCUCAUUGGACCCUGA